AUGGCUAACAAUCGUGUUCCGAUCAACUACCAGACGCCCCCUUUCCCAGCACUUUAUAAUCCCCUACCCAAUCAUUCUCCUCAAGUCUAUUACCUUUACUACACCCGGGACAUAUGGCGCUUCACACUUUACUGGACCUUCAUUUUCUAUGCAGCCAGCCAUUUGGCCGUCGCUGGCUGUGCUAUGAUUUUGCAAUGUCGGAAUUGGAGAGUGUUUCUAGCUGUCCCACUGGUCUUCAUAGUUAUUGGGGGACUGGAAGCUCUUGUAGCCGGGAGUAUCAUCGGUGUCAUGCUUGGAGCGGUCUACGAAGCUGGUAACUUCAGGAUGUCCACGUGGGUCCCUAUGGUUUGGGGCGGCAUCAAUGUUAUGGUCCUCAUAUUGUCUAGCUUCCCAAUGCAAGGCGGGCUGUGA